AUGGCAGCCUCAAAAUCUCCCUGUGCAGCUCCUCAGAGCCCCGAGGAUGACGAGGAUGACUACAUGUCUAUGACCAUCGCAGAGCCCACAGGCCCAAAAGUCAAAGAAACAUACACGCAACGCCGCCACCGCCUGCAACGCGAAGCAGAAGCACGCGCAUACACCAAACCCAAAGCUGAGCGCGAAGCUGACGAAGCUGCCGCCCGAGAAGAUGCCCUUCAGAGAUCGCUAUUGUCUCACCCGACGACACAGAAGUCCAAGGGUUUAGCAAUGAUGUCAAAAAUGGGGUUCACGCCCGGAAAGGCGCUGGGCAAGGGAGUCAACGCUGAUGCGCGGACUGAGCCGGUGGGUAUCAGUAUUAAGGAGGACAGGGGAGGAAUAGGUAUGGACAAUGAGAAGAAGCGCCGGUUUAGGGAGGAAGUCGAGAAGGAAGGGAAGAGAGUUAAGGCGGAUGAAGGAGAGUAUCGAGAGAGGGUCAGGCGCGAACGCGAGGAAGGUCGCCUGGAGAGCUUAAUUGGCACUGCAAUGAGAGUAGCAGAGCGUAUGACUAGUGAGAAAGAAGAAGAAUUGAGCACAGGUGGGGGUGGCGACACGGCGCUAAAGAAAGGUGCUCAGAGAUCAAAACCGCUGAAAACUAUUAACAUACUUUGGAGGGGCCUAGUGAGGAAAAGGGAGGAAGCAGAGAGGGAUAGGAGGAUGAGAUACGAUUUGCACCAAAGUCUUUCCAGGCUACCGACCUAUGAUGAUGACGACGAGGAUAAAGAUGAUAAGAAGGCCGUGGGAAAGACUCCCAUACGGUAUUCCUUGGUCGAAGAUCUGGAGGAAGAUGAUCCAGAAUUGGAAGAAUUCAAUGGCUUGGAGCCAAUGGAGAGGUUACAGAAGAUUGUCAAUUACUUAAGACAAGAGUAUAACUACUGCUUCUGGUGCAAAUACACAUAUCCCGACAAGGACAUGGAGGGAUGUCUGGGGUUGACGGAGGAAGACCAUGAUUGA